AUGACGUCUCAGCGAGUGGGCGGGGUGACACCCGAUGCCUUUAAAAACUGUGUGGUGAAACUGUUCUUUACCUGUCCUAUGAAGGGUCAUUACUGCUUGUACAGUAAAUCCAGCUUUGUCCUGAUCAGCCGACAUCCACAGAUUUGGAUCCACAUUAUGUUUCUCUUUCAGCAGAGUUUACUUUCGGAGCCACUGUCCACUCAGACUACUUCUAUGCAAGUCCUGAAAACACUGUGGGAGAAAACACAAGUGAAGGGAACACAUAGUUUCGAAGCGUACAUUAUCCAGUCAAUGUUUCCUAAUAAAAAGGAUCUGGAUCUUGUACUUAUGCAUCUGGGAGAAGUGAGGUUUUUUGAUCUUUUUGGAUUUAGCGAGGAAAUUGGGUCAUGGCUAUGUUUUAUGUGCAACAAUCCUGAGAAAGCUACAGUCGUAAAUCAGGAUGGCCAACCCCUAAUUGAAGGGAAACUUAAAGAGAAGCAGGUUCGCUGGAAGUUUAUCAAGAGAUGGAAAACUCGUUAUUUCACCCUGGCUGGAAACCAGCUUCUCUUUCGUAAAGGAAAAUGUAAAGAUGACCCUGAUGAUUGUCCUAUUGAGCUGACUAAGGUUCAAAGUGUAAAAGCUGUUCCUAAGAAGCGCAGGGACCGGGGCCUUCCAAGAGCCUUUGAAAUCUUCACAGAAAAUAAAACCUAUGUGUUCAAGGCAAAGGACGAAAGGAAUGCAGAAGAAUGGCUGCAGUGUAUCAAUAUUGCUGUUGCACAAGCCAAAGAAAGAGAAAAUAGGGAGGCUACCACUUACUUAUAAUCUGGUAGAAAUGUUCCAGGUUCUCACUAGAUCCUGAAGGCUUUAAGAAGACGAACACGUUGAGGACCAAACAUACCAAAAAAAUUGUAAUAACAAUAUUGAGAUGACAUAUAGAAAGUGUGCUAAAGGUAAUUGU